AUCAUCAUCGACAGUCAACAAUAUGAUUUUACGGCAGCCUGCCCAUCCAUCCAUCCGAUUGUACUCUUUUAUUCCUUGAAUAAUCUACAUCACUAUCCAAUUUAUUUAUACUACUAUAUUAAUUGUUAAUCUCCCUCGAAACCGCAACAUGCCGCCGGUGGCUAUGUCCAUAUCACGACUGUUGCGACAGCAGGCACAAUCCACGACAACAAGAGCUUUUCUGCGCCAACCACUUCUUCAGCAAAAACACACAAUAAUAUCACAGCAAUUCUCUCAGUUAUCGAGAAGAACCGUUCAGUCCAGGCCAGCAAUACAUGCCCGGAAACCAAUCAAUCGACAGUUUCCGUCCCAACAACAACCCCGACAGAAGCGAUUCUCAUCAUCUACCAGCACAAACUCCGAAGCUCAACAAAAACAACAUGCCCAAUCCUUCUCUCAGCGCAUGAAAAAUCUCUCUCGGGAAUACGGCUGGUCAGCAGUGGGAGUCUAUUUCGCAUUAUCCGCACUCGACUUCCCCUUCUGUUUCGCGGCCGUUCGAUUAUUUGGCGUUGAACGAAUUGGGCAUUAUGAGCAUGUGGUUGUCGAGGAAGCGAAGAUAUUAUUUUAUUCCGUUAUGCCCUUUGAGAGGAGCACCAUAGAAGGGGAACCUGACGCUGCUCCUAAGGAGAAGAUCACUGACGAAGGAGCUAGUAUAUGGACACAGCUCGCAAUAGCAUACGCCGUCCACAAAAGCUUCAUCUUCUUCCGGGUCCCGCUCACAGCCGCCGUGACGCCCAAAGUCGUCAAAACCCUACGAAGCUGGGGUUGGAAUAUUGGCAAAAAGACUCCCAAGGCCGCCAAAUAGAAAUCUCCUCACUUGCUUACUGACCAAUCUCCCAAUCUACCUAUCUUGAUUUAAUACACCAUCCUAGCCUAUAUGUCUGGAAUUUUGUUGACGUAUUGUAUCACCACUUCAUUUUCCUCCGCUCUUUACAUUUGCUCAUACGACCACAAGCAGAAAUAUCGAAACAAACACCACUGAAAUAGAUGGAUGGAUUAGAAGAUGUAGGCCGCGUCAAGUUUGCAUUUACCAACUUAUCAACUCAACUUAUGUAUUCUAGAUAGAAAGACCAUUCGUACGAAAACCAAACUCAUCUUGCAGGCUCUGUAGAGCUUUACACCUUCCUGAAAUAGCACGUUGUAGGCUGGGUCCCUCAAAACAACGCCGAGCGAUAUGUGAGUCAACUUUCUAUGACACGUCGACCCACGCCAGAUGAUUUGACUAUUUUGAAAAAAAAAAAGAGAAAAAAAACGAAAUGCACCCAACAGCUAACAAAUGUGCCACCCUUUCGUCAUCUAUCAAGAAAAAUCAACAGGUAUCAUGAGCCAUAAGAAAAGUGUUUUACUUCCUUUUCUCCUCUUAAUUCAACUGCCUCGGUAUAUAGUCUGUCAUUAUCACAUAUCAAUGCUUUCGUUAAAGCGAAGUACUCCGGUUGCUUUCAUUACACCGUUUACGCCUUCCGGCGUCCUAUAUGCCCAUUCCGUGGCCGAUUUUAGUGAUGUUGUUUUCGAUGGUGGAGUUGAUGUCUCAUCGGAUGUGUCGGCAAUGAGUACGAGACCCUGUUCUUUAAUUGUUUCAAUGAGUGCCGGCAUGACGUUCUAUAAA